AUGCAUGAGGAAAAUAAAGCUGCAGCAAAUGGAUGUGGCAAAAUCCGAAGUGGCACUCAGAAUGAGGCUGCUUUAUUGGCCCUGAUGGAGAAGACUGGAUACAGCAUGGUUCAAGAAAACGGGCAAAGAAAAUUUGGUGGUCCUCCGCCAGGUUGGGAAGGUCCUCCACCACCUCGUGGAUGUGAAGUUUUUGUGGGUAAGAUUCCUCGUGAUAUGUAUGAAGAUGAAUUAGUUCCUGUUUUCGAGAAAGCUGGGAAGAUCUACGAGUUCAGACUGAUGAUGGAGUUCAGUGGUGAGAAUCGAGGCUAUGCUUUUGUGAUGUACACUACUAAAGAGGAAGCACAGCUAGCCAUCAAGAUUCUUAACAAUUAUGAAAUUCGUCCAGGGAAACUUAUUGGUGUCUGCGUAAGCUUGGACAACUGCAGACUAUUUAUUGGAGCAAUUCCAAAAGAAAAGAAGAAAGAAGAAAUACUGAAUGAAAUGAAGAAAGUUACAGAAGGAGUGGUGGAUGUCAUUGUUUAUCCAAAUGCCACUGACAAAACUAAAAAUCGUGGCUUUGCUUUUGUAGAAUAUGAAUCUCACAGAGCAGCUGCAAUGGCUAGAAGGCGGCUAAUCCCAGGAACAUUCCAGCUCUGGGGUCACACUAUUCAAGUAGACUGGGCAGACCCAGAGAAAGAAGUUGAUGAAGAAACAAUGCAGAGAGUCAAAGUAUUAUACGUAAGAAAUUUAAUGAUAUCUACUACAGAGGACACAAUUAAAGCUGAAUUCAGCAAGUUCAAACCAGGAGUAGUUGAACGUGUAAAGAAGCUGAGAGACUAUGCUUUUGUUCAUUUUUUCCACCGAGAAGAUGCAGUUGCUGCUAUGUCUGUAAUGAAUGGAAAGUGCAUUGAUGGAGCUUGUAUUGAGGUAACACUGGCAAAGCCAGUUAACAAAGAAAGUACUUGGAAACAACAUUUUAAUGGUCACAUAAGUCCUGGUUCUGAAAAUCUCUUGGGGUUUCCUAACAAAGAAGAUGGUCAUCAAAAAUCUUUAGGGAAACCAGCAACUCUUUCAGUUCGUCUUAAUGGUCAGCACAGUCCAGGCCCUCCUGAAGUUGAAAGAUGUACAUACCCGUUUUUUCCAGGAAUAAAGCUUACUCCAAUUAGCAUGUAUUCUUUAAAAUCCAGUCACUUCAGUUCUGCAGCAAUGCAUCUGGAUUAUUUUUGCAAUAAAAAUAACUGGGCACCACCAGAAUACUACUUGUAUUCAACCACAGGUCAGGAUGGGAAAAUACUCUUGGUGUACAAGGUGCUUAUUCCUAGUAUUUCAGAUGGUUCCCAGAGUUAUUUCAUGCCAGACAAACUCUGUACAACAGUAGAAAGUGCAAAGGAAUUGGCAGCACAGUUCACACUUCUACAUCUAGCCCCUGAGCAAGCCUAUAUAACUUUGCUGUCCCUGAAUGCAGCAUAG